AUGACUGAUAAUAGUAAAAAGCGGACUAGUAGUUUUCGAAAAAUAUUCCCAAGUUUAUUUUUUUCGCAUCGCUUAAAAGGCAAAAAUGCGAAUAAGGAUUUGGAAUCUAGACAUAAGAACAUAGUAGACAGGAACUCAAAUUCAAAUCAGUAUCAAAAUCCCAGGUUCAUUGUAGAUCAAAAUAGAGUUGAUCAAGUUACUGAAGACAAUAAUGAACGCAUUUAUGAAAAUCUGUCAAAGCCACAUCAUUCCCAAAAUAAAAAUAAUGAAGUACGUAUCAUUGAGGUUUCUAGCAAUCACUCCUCAAGUAGUACAUUAGUCUCAGAAAAAGCGGGAAAAAAUAAUGACGAAUCCGAUCAAAAUACAAAUGAAAAGGUCAACGCUGGUUACAUGGCUAGGCCACAAGUACCACCAAAACCACAAAGUAAAGUAAUAAAUUCUCCACAAUUCACACAUCAUGAGUUCAAUGAUUUUGAAAACCAGAGAUACCCCGAUGUUUACUACCAUUCAUUAGAAAAGUUAACAGAUAAAAUAUCCCCUCUUGAUGAAAUUGAAAUUUACAAGGCAUCAAAAGCUAGAGCAAACCCCGCUUCAGUUGGUGCAGAAAUUAAAAGAGUUAGUACGAAAUUUCUUAUUUCACCAAAAAAAGAAGCUGAAGUAAGAACCAUACAACCGACAAGGGCUCGAAGUCUUUCCUUGGAUAAGGAAAAGCCACGUAAUGCUUUGCAAACAAGCGACGAGCACGGAAAAAACGAAGAAAAAGUUAAAAAACCUUAUAACUAUUCCGCUCCUACAUCUCCAAUUGCUGUUACACAUAAAAGGCCUAAUAUGCCUAAAACUGUAUCCCCUUACGAACAUGUGAGAAAGACUAUGAUAGAAACUGAAGAAAAAAGAAAUUCUUUAAGUAGGACCAGUGUUCGUAAUAAAUCUACGCCCUCGCCAAAAUUGUACUUAAUUACGUCAACACCUUCGACACCAAUUAGUAAUAGAGAUAUCCCUAAAGUUGAUGAUUUAAGCGGGAAAGAGAAAACGCGUCAGAAAGUUGAAGCUUUCUACUGGCAAAAACUUAAAGAGCUAAAACAAAAAGAAGACGAAUAUCUUUUGCGGCAAUCAAUGAAUAAUGACAUAAGAUCGCCAUCCAAGCAAAAUGCAACAUUUCAUUCAAAUUCCAGUUGCAGCUCGACUAAUUCCUUCGUCAUCGAACCUAGAAGUUAUAGUUUACCGAGAGGAAGGGACCUAAACUAUAGCAUGACUCAACAAAUUUACGCGCUUCCACCUUUUGCGAGAGGCGCUCCAGAGAGGCGGACUGAUUCAUUUAUACGAAAUCGCACGAACGCCGCGGGUCCGGACGUUGUGUUCAGACACCUGGAUAAAUCGAGUUUAAAAACUAUAUCGGCCGCAGUUAACAGACAAAUGCCAAUUUUUCAGCGUGGAUCUUUAACGCAGGAGGCAAGAAAUAAUAUGCAACAGCCAAAAAGAGUGAGUUUUGAAGAACAGUUCUCGGUCAAAAAUCCUUCUUGUGAAAGUGGAAUUGCAAAAAGUGUCGCGUUGGAUGUAAAGUUAUCAAACGACAGUUAUAAAAUAUUGAGUGCCAGAAGAGCAAUUCAACUGAAUAAAAAAAAUAGUGAUAUAUCCCCGGGCUUGCACGGAGGUCCGCCACAACCUCCAAUCCGGACCACCAGUGUCGGUAGUGUCGGAAAGAAUUUUAAAAUAGUAAACAAUAAAACUAUUUAUUUAGGCGGCAAUCCUUCAAUAUGUUCAGAGUCUGAAAGUGGUUCAGAAGCUGGCGAAAUACAGAGGAUAUUGCACAGAUCAUCACAGAACGGCAGUAAUAACGAUACUACAUGA